AAAACUGCACACUGAAAAUUUUUCUCCAUUUUUUCUUUUCUUUUCCAAAAACAAAAAGACACUCAGUUUUAUAAAAAGGAAAAAAGAAAAUUCGAUAUAAAAAGAAAAAAGCGAAACGCGAAGCAUGGAAUCUGAAGAGACGACAAUGAAAGAGUGAAGACGGUGGCAGCAGCAGCAACAAUGGCGGCGUGCUCGUCGGAGGAGGUUUUCCCGUGGCUGAAAUCUCUCCCGGUGGCGCCGGAGUAUCGUCCAACCGCGGCGGAGUUUCACGAUCCGAUCGGCUACAUCUUCAAGAUAGAGAAGGAAGCUUCCAAGUAUGGAAUCUGCAAAAUCAUCCCCCCUGUUUCCCCUUCCCCCAAGAAAACCGCAAUUUCCAACCUCAACCGCUGUCAACCCCAGUUCACCACGCGCCAGCAGCAGAUCGGGUUCUGCCCUCGCCGGCAACAACCGGUUCGCCGCCCGGUUUGGCACAGCGGCAACCAGUACUCGUUCCGUGAGUUCGAGUCAAAGGCGAAGACCUUCGAGAAGAGCUUCCUCAAGAAGGGGAAGAAGUCCACGCCGCUUUCGCCUCUCGAGGUUGAAACCCUCUACUGGAAAGCCACUGUGGAUAAACCGUUUUCUGUUGAGUAUGCGAACGACAUGCCUGGGUCUGCGUUUUGCCCCAUGAAGGAGAAUGUUUAUGGCGGCGGUGACGGUUAUGUCACCGUCGGUGAGACUGCGUGGAAUAUGAGAGGGGUUUCGAGGGCGAAUGGGUCGUUGUUGAGGUUUAUGAAGGAGGAGAUUCCUGGUGUUACUUCGCCUAUGGUGUAUCUGGCUAUGAUGUUUAGCUGGUUUGCUUGGCAUGUUGAGGAUCAUGAUUUGCAUAGCUUGAAUUAUCUUCACAUGGGUGCUCCUAAGACAUGGUAUGGGGUGCCCAAGGAUGCUGCUGUUGCGUUUGAGGAUGUUGUUAGAGUUCAUGGCUAUGGAGGAGAGAUUAACCCUCUUGUUACUUUUUCUAUUCUUGGCGAGAAAACUACAGUGAUGUCCCCGGAAGUGUUCAUUAGAGCUGGUGUUCCCUGCUGCAGGUUGGUUCAAAAUGCUGGUGAAUUUGUUGUGACAUUCCCAAGAGCCUAUCACACAGGAUUUAGUCAUGGUUUUAACUGUGGAGAGGCAGCUAACAUUGCAACGCCUGAAUGGUUGACGUUUGCUAAAGAUGCAGCUAUUCGGAGGGCUUCAAUUAAUUAUCCUCCCAUGGUUUCACAUUUCCAAUUACUUUAUGACCUUGGCCUUGCUUUGUGUUCUAGAAUUCCUGGACGCAUUGCUGAACCACGGAGUUCUCGACUUAAAGAUAAGAGAAAGGGUGCUGGAGAAACUGUAGUUAAAGAACUUUUUGUACAGGACGUGUUACAGAAUAAUGAUCUGCUUCACAUACUUGGCAGCGGAUCGUCUAUAGUACUUCUUCCUCAUAGCUCUUCUGACUUUUCUGUCUGCUCAAAAUUACGUGUUGGAUCCCAACAACUAAAAGUGAAGUCUGAGCCUUUCCUCAAUGUAUGCAAUUCCGAGGGAAUGGGUUCAUCAAAAGGUUUUAUUUCUGGUGACCUGGUGUCCAAUAAGAAUCAUGGUGUCAAAAAUGUAAAAGGUUUUUAUUCAGUAAAAGAAAAGUUUGCUUCCUUGUGCGAAAGGAACAGGGGUGAAGUGUGCCCUUCCAGUUCAAAAACACUGCAAAGAGACAGUGAAAAAGAAACUAGUCAAGGAGAUGGGUUAUCGGAUCAGCGACUAUUUUCAUGUGUCACAUGUGGAAUAUUAAGCUUUUCCUGUGUUGCCAUUGUACAGCCUAAGGAACCAGCAGCUAGAUACCUUAUGUCAGCUGAUUGUAGCUUCUUUAAUGACUGGAUCGAAGGUUCUGGAGUAACCAGCAAUAAGUUUACUGUUGAAAAUGAAGAUGCAAAUGUUCCCAAGCCGACUACUUAUACAGGAUGGACAAAACAGAAUGCGAGAUAUGAUUUAUAUGAUGUUCCUGUUCAAUCUGUUGAGCAGCUGACACAGAUUGUUGAUCAAAAUCAUAAGCAAGUUUUAAAUACUGAAAGCAAAAAAGGCAAUACAGCUCUUGCAUUAUUGGCUUCAGCAUAUGGAAAUUCUUCUGACUCUGAGGAAGAUCAGGAUGGCUUAGACAUUGCAGUUGAAGGUGAUGAAUUGAAUGUGAUGGAGCAUCCAGCAGCAAGUAGAUCUCAGGAGGAGAUAUCUUGUCUGCCUUCUCAUCUUCAAGAUUGCCAUGCUAGUCCCAUGGUUAGACUGGAUAGAGGAGAUGAUAAUCCUUUGAAGAGUAUUGACGAUUAUGAGUAUAGUAUGCAUAAGAAAAUUGAGCACAUCAUGAGUCCUCUUGACCACUCUGUGAAGUCAGAAGAUUAUAACAUCACUUCAGAGGUAGCAUUCAAAAAUAAUAGGGACAUUACUCAUUCUGCUGGGAUUUGUUCCCGAGACACUCGUGGUGGAACAUCAUUGUCGGGCAAGGCUGUGAUUCCUGUUAAUAAUAAUAAUAAUGUUCCAUUGGUGCCACCAUCUGAUGAAGACUCAUCCAGAAUGCAUGUCUUCUGUCUAGAGCAUGCUGCAGAAGCAGACAAGCAACUUCGUCCAAUUGGAGGAGCGCACAUUUUCCUCUUUUGUCAUCCAGAUUACCCGAAGAUAGAGGCUGAAGCGAAGGUUGUGGUAGAAGAACUGGGGAUUGGUUACACUUGGAAGAAUACUGUAUACAGGCAUGCUAACAGAGAAGAUGAGAAGAGGAUUCAGUCGGCUCUGGAUAGUGAGGAAGCUAAUCCUGGGAAUGGGGACUGGGCUGUAAAGCUGGGAAUCAAUCUCUUUUAUAGUGCCAAUCUUAGCCGCUCUCCACUCUAUAGUAAGCAGAUGCCUUACAAUUCUGUUAUAUAUAAUGCAUUUGGUUGUAGCUCUCCAACAAGCUCUCCCACAGAACCCAAGGUCUAUAAGAGAAGGGCCAACAAACAGAAAAAGGUAGUUGCUGGGAAAUGGUGUGGCAAAGUCUGGAUGUCCAAUCAAGUCCACCCCCUUUUAGCAAAACGAGAUCUGGAAGAUGUUGAGGAUGAGAAAAGUUUACAUGGGAGGCCAUUAUCUGAUGAGAAAUUUGAAUCAGAUAGUACCCUUAAAAGAAAUACUAUGGUUAGAAAAUCUGGUAGGAAAAGGAAAAUGACUGUCGAGAGUGGAGGAACCAGGGAAGGAAGUUUUGCAGAGAGAGAUUGGCCUUCAGAUAGUUCAUUAGAAGAUAAAUCCAAUCAAUCUCAAAGGCGGAUUCCUCGAAGUAAGCAAACCAGGCAUAUUGAGAGAGAUGAUACUGCUUCAGAAGGGGAUUAUUCUCCUCUGCAGCAUCAUAAAAAGCCCAUAAGCAAGCAUACAAAAUUCAUGCAAAGUGAUGCUGUUUCAGAUGAUUCACUGGAUGAUAAUACUUUACAGCAAUGGAGAAAGGGAACUGUCAAGGAAGCUAAAUUUAUUGACAGUGAUGUAGUUUCAGAUGACACAAUGGAUCAUGAUUCUGAUUGGCCACAUAGGGCAGAGCUUAGCAACAAGCAAGAUGCUAUUUCAGAGGAUUCACUGGGGGUUGGUUCUCUUCAGCUGCAGAGUAAUACUCCUAAAAGCAAGUAUGAUCAAUACAUUGCCGAAGAAGAUGUGAUUUCUGAUGACCAAACAGAGGUUUAUUUUCAGAAGCAGAAAGGGAGGAUAACAAUAAGCAGCCAAAGCAAAUACCUAUCUGAAAAUUAUACCAUGAUAUCUGAUGACCACAUGCAGCACCACAUGCAGAAGAAUCAACGGAGGAAUCCUAAAAGCAGGAAGGGCAAAUACCUUGAUCAAGAGGAUGUUAUAUCUGAUGACGAAGUGGAGGAUCAUUCUCGCAAGUAUCAAAGAAGGAUUCCUAAAGACAGGCAAGCCAAAUGCUUUGGUGAGGAGGAUUCAAUGUCUGAUGACCAGUUGGAUGAUAACUUUCAGAAGACCCAGACGAAUGUUCGAAGUAGAAGGCAAAGUAAAAGCAGUGGUAGAGAAGUUAUGGAUGACUCAACUGAGAAUAAUUCUCAACUGCUGCGCGGGACUCCUAAAAGGAAGCAAGUGAAAUGCAUGGAUGAAGACUAUGUAAGUUCAGAUGAUCAAAUGGAGGAGGAUUCUCAUCAGCAACACAGGAGAACUCUUCGAAGUAAGCAAUCUAAAUCACAGACUCUUCAACAAAUGAAACAAGCGAAUCCCCGUGCGACAAGGAAGACAUCCAGGCCUGUGAAGCGAGGUGCCCUUGUGCUAAUGAAAUCAAAGGCUCCUCGAAAAACGAAGCAGCAGCCUCGUGUGUUGAAUAGUCAAUCUGGUACAUCCAGAGAUGAGGAUUCACAAAUAGAACAGGAGGAAGAAGGUGGUCCUAGCACACGCCUUCGGAAGAGAGUCCCUAAAACUGAGAAGGAACCUGAAGGAGAAUCAAAAGAAAAAGAAACCAAAAGGAAAAGGGUGAAAAACACAGCAGCUUCAAAAGUUUCACGUGGCAAGGCCAGAGUGAAGGAUGAGGAAGGAGAAUACCAGUGUGACAUUGAGGGGUGCACCAUGAGUUUUGAGACUAAACAGGAACUGACGAGUCAUAAGAGAAAUAUCUGUCCUGUGAAAGGGUGUGGAAAGAAGUUUUUCUCGCACAAAUAUCUAGUGCAGCACCGCCGGGUUCACGAGGACGACCGCCCCCUGAAGUGCCCUUGGAAGGGCUGCAAGAUGACUUUCAAGUGGGCUUGGGCUCGCACUGAACAUAUUCGAGUUCACACCGGUGCUCGUCCUUAUGUAUGUGCUGAGCCGGGAUGUGCGCAGACCUUCAGAUUCGUUUCUGAUUUCAGUCGUCAUAAGCGAAAGACUGGUCAUGUGGCAAAGAGUCGUGAAUAGCAAGUGUAAUUGAUAUUACUAACAUUGUUGAUGAAUUUAUUUAUGAAACUAUUGCUCAACUUGACAGGCUAGGAGUAGAUUUUGAUAACAAUUUUAGGAUAUCCCUGCAAUUGGCAUUUGGAGAAACUAUUAAUUGCCAUUUUAUGAAUUAUUGCCCAAUCUUCUUUUUUUUGUGAA